AUGUGGGCGUAUGAUGACGGCCGAGGCCGCCGAGCGAGGGAUAUACCCAGUUCGCGGCCCGCGAAUUACUACGAUGAUGCCUAUGAGCGAGCACCACCGCGCUCCUCACGCCAUGCCUACCCAGAGCCUCAGCCAAAGCACUCGUCGCACGACCGCCACCGCCGCAAGUCUGCACUGGUCGACCCGGAGGCGCCCAGGCCGCGACGCAACACCCACGGGGGAGUCAACGUCGUCGCAUCGGACGACGGAUCGGGGUACCCCUUCGGAGCAAACGGCUCACGGGAUAUUUACGGGUCUUCGUACCCGGGGAGGAAAUCCCGGCAUGACGUGGAACAAAAGACGGGCGACAAGGACCGACGGUUCCGGGAGAAGAGGGGCACGUACGAGACCGACGAGGCGGAGAACCUGAGAAGAGCAAAGAGCUACAGCCCCCGGAGGGCAGCGAGAGAGGCCGAGGCCCCACGGCGCGUCUCGCCCCAGGCCCCCAAGUCGACCUGGCCCGAGGACGACUACGCCACGCAGGCCGGGGCGGCUGGCUCCCACCACCGGUCGUCCAGGAAGGGCAGCAAGGCGCCGCAGUACUAUGAGGACGACCCGUACGCGAGCUACUACGCGAGCCAGGCACCGCGCGGCAAGAAGGGCGACCGUGGUGGGAUCGCCGGGGGUUAUGACUACGGCGCACCGAGCGCAGAGGAGAUGCCCCGGCCCCCGAUGGGCGAGCACGCCCCGUACAAGUCCUCGCCCCUGAACAACUCGUAUGCAGAGGUGCCGGACGAGAAGCCCGGCAAGCACCACCGCAGCAAGCGGGACAAGGACUACUACGGCAGCGGGUACGACGACUACGCCGCCGCGCCCAAGGCAGGCACCAGCUACGACCGCGGGGGCUACGGCGCAGCAGCAGCAGCAGCAGCAGGUGCACCUACUGCUGCUCCUACUGCUGCGGACGACGCGCCGCCCCCUCGCCGCUCCCGCCACGGCAAGCACCACGACGACAGGGCCGGGGCGGACGACUACGGCUACCCGCCCCAGCCUCAGGCGCGCGGCCGCCACCGCCCGCAACCCGCCGGCGACUACGGCGACACAGACCCGUACGACCGCGCACCACCCGCAGCGCGCCCCCGCCACCGCCAGUCCAUGCCUCCGCAGUCGCGCUCGCAGUACCCCGAGGACCCGUACGACGACCCCUACGGGCAGCCCGCGGCGCCGCGUCGCAGGGCCACGUCGGUGAACUACGGGAGCCAGGACCGUCACGGCGGCGGAGGGGGACGGGACCAGUACUACGACGACGCGUACGGCAGAGGAGGCGGCAGCCCGUCCGGGAGCAGCGGGUCCAAGAAGAACGGCAACAACAAGAAGAGCAAGGCGUACGCGCAGCAGGCCGGCAAGCUGUUCAUGACGCACGCCGUGCCGGUCAUCAAGAAGGAGGCCGUGCCCUUCCUGACCAAGGCUGCGCAGGCGUACUUUGAGCAGCAGAAGAGGUGA